UCCUCUCCUCUGCUCUCCAUUUGCUCGCGGCAGAUUGAGUGUGCCCGUGUGAGAUAGAAUCUUUUUGCCCUUCAAAAAGAGCAAAGUGGCAGUGCUUUUCCCUCCGGUUCCUCGUUUUGGUAGUAUUCCAUUGUUCCUAUUACCACUUCCCAACGAACUAACCGAAGCCCCGGAUACAACAAAAGAGAAGACGCAAAGGAAUCAUCAGAAGCAGCAGCAGCACGCGACCAUGGGCGACGCCGCCUCCAACCAACCUGUUCUUGCGGCGAGCGAUCUUGGCCAAUCGAACUUGGACGCCGGCGCCGGCGCGGGAGCAGUCGGCGGCGGCGGGUUCAUCGCCCUCGACGUCAGCGCCCUCUCCUCGCUCGCCGGCGACGGCCCGGACACCACGGCGGCGCCACCACGGACACCGAAGGUGGUGAGGUCGCUGUCGAGGAAGGGGGAAAGGAAGCCGGCCGACGGCGACGGCAAUGGCGCCGCCGGGACAGGCAAGAGGCCGCCGCUGUCGCCGCUCUUCGUGCAUGUGGCGGCCGCCGACGACAUGGGCGGCCUCGGCCGGCUCGUCCACACGCCGGUGGCCGGCACGCCGGGAGGGAAGUCCCGGCGGCUCGGGCGGCAGCCGGCGGCGCCGUGGCUCGAUCCCCGGAGGGUGGUCUUCUUCUUCGCCACACUGUCAAGCGUUGGAACGUUGAUCCUGCUUUACUUCACACUCUCCAUGAGCAAGAUGGGCGGCGACAGCGGCGGCGGCGGCAGCAGCGAUGCUCGGUGAAACGCCGGCUGUUGAAACUGAAGAAAAAUUUUCGUUUUGUUCUCAAACCUCAAUGCAAUCUGUAAAGGAGGCAUGAUGUUGCUACAAAGACCCAGGCAUCAAAAAAACUGAUGCUCUUCUAAGGGUCAAGGAAGAAUAUAGAGUGAAUGGCAGUGAAGAGAUCAGGCUGAAUGGGGUCUGAUGGUGAAGUAUGCGAUGGUAGUUGCAUUCUCUUCUCUGUUGCUGUCAUGAUUUCUUCAGUUAUUUUUCUCUUCUUUUUUUUGCAUAAAAAGGGGUACAUCAUACAUGUCGCUUUGAAGCGAUGAUACUAGAUUUUUCAUCCUUGAUGUUGUUGCAGACACACAAACAAUCAAAAAUACAAAUGGACACAGAUGUAUUUGAAAGAA